UGAGACAGGAACAAAAAACACAAUGAUUGUGCAUAUCGAGUUUCGUAUCUGUCUUGAAACAAAACCAGCCUCUUAUUCUUAAAUCAAAUCAGGAUCCGAAUGCCGUCGUCACUCGACCACACCCGACCCCCACAAAUACAAUCCUUUCUUUUUUUUCUUCUUCUUCUUCUUCUUCUUCUUCUUCAAUGGCAGCAGCUUUCCACUAAAUGCUUUUGCAGUUUCUUCUUCUUCUUUGUGUUCGUUCAACUACCCCCAUUACUCAUCUCUCUCUCUCUCUCUCUCUCUCUCUCUCUCUCUCUCUCUCUCUCUCUCUCUCUCUCUCUCUCUCUCUCUCUCUCUCUCUCUCUCUCUCUCUCUUUUCUUGCUUUUAUUUCCAACACCCAUUUCUCCCUUUUUCUUUUACUCACUAAAGGACCCUUCAACACCUUGCAUUCAACAAAACUUUAUCACCCUUUCAUUUCUUUCUUUCUUUACACGUUUUGCAUAAUUCAUGCUUAAUGCUUUGUGUUGGGUAUGUAUUUAAUUACCCCCAUUUCUUAGGCUAAUUAUGAUCCAUUUUCAAGAUUCUUGAAUGUGUUUUUGAAUUCCUUUAUGAAACGGGUCACUACAUUUUGAUUCAGUUUCAGGAUUCUUGAAUUCCUUUGAGAAAUUAAUAUGUUGUACUGCUUCUUUCACAUACUCUUCAUUUCAUGGGGUUUCAUGACCUCGAACACCCACGCAUUAGAAGCCACUCAAUCUCAACUUCUUCUUCAGCUAAGAAAGCAUUUGGAGUACCCAAUUCAGUUAAACAAUUGGGAAAAUUACACUGGUGAUUUUUGUUACUUACCUUCAACUCUUCAUGUCACCAUCAGAUGUGAAAACAACUCUCUUACGCAGCUCAAAAUCAUGGGAGAUAAAGAUAAGCUUUCAAAUGUCACUCUCUUUCAUGGGUUUGCAAUUCAAAAUCAAACAUUAUCCGACUCUUUCUCCAUUGAUUCUUUUGUUGUUACUUUAGUUAGAUUAUCGACAUUGAAGGUUCUUAGCUUAGUAUCCUUGGGAAUUUGGGGAAGACUUCCUGAUAAAAUCCAUAGACUCCAUUCACUUGAAGUCUUGGAUAUGAGCUCAAAUUUUUUGUUUGGUUCUGUUCCAAAUGAGAUUUCAAGAUUACAAAAGCUUCAUACGUUAACAUUAGAUGGAAAUUUCUUCAAUGAAUCUAUCCCUGACUGGUUCCAUUCCUUAUCAAAUCUUACCAUUUUGAGCUUAAAGAACAACAAAUUAACGGGUCGUUUUCCUUCUUCAAUUACCAAGAUCACAACAAUUACAGAUUUGUCUCUUUCACACAAUCAACUUUCUGGUAAAUUACCCGAUUUAACUACUUCAUCUAAUCUACGUUUACUAGAUUUGAGGGAAAAUCAUCUAGAUUCUGAACUUCCAUUGUUGCCUAAAGGAGUGAUUACAGUUCUUCUAAGCAAUAACUCGUUUUCUGGUAACAUUCCUGCGGAAUUUGGAAAACUUAACCACCUUCACCAUCUCGACCUGUCAUCCAACUCACUGAUCGGAACACCCCCAUCUGCUGUAUUUGUUUUGCCAAACAUCACCUAUCUCAAUCUAGCAUCCAAUAUGCUAAGUGGGUCUCUUCCGAAUUCAAUCAACUGUGGAAACAAAUUAGGGUUUGUUGAUAUUUCUAGCAAUAGGUUUACGGGUAAACUUCCUUCUUGUUUGGACACGCUAUCUAGUAAUAAGCGAGUUGUGAAUUUCACUGGGAAUUGCUUGUUUGUGGGCAAUGGAAACCUAGAAUCUGAUUGCAAAAGACACACGACAAAGAAACCAUCUUGGGGUAAAGUUUUAUGGAUUUUAAUUGUUGUCAUUUGUACGGUGAUCUGCUUGGUAUCAUUCGGGAUCGUGCUCAUAAUCUUUCGCAAAAGAUAUCAUUCAAGACAGACAGUCACGCUACACCACACGAUAUCAAAAGAAACCGAAGGGAUCAUAUCCGAAGCAGGGACACAAGUCGCUCCUUCAUGUCGAGUCUUUUCCAUGGAAGAAUUAGCAGAGGCUACAGAAAACUUUGAUCAAUCGGCAUUUUUGGGUGAAGGGUCUAUCGGAAAGCUUUACAGGGGAAGGCUAGAAAAUGGAGGCUAUGUUGCUAUACGAUCGCUAUCAUUAUUCAAAAGAUCUUCAAUUCGGAACUUGAAAGUCCGAUUGGAUUUGCUUUCAAAGCUUCGACACCCACAUUUAGUUAGCUUCUUGGGGUAUUGCAUUCACGAUGGUGGAGUAGAAGAUUCGAAUUCUAGCAGAAUCUUCCUGGUGUACGAGUACAUUCCUAAUGGAAACUUCCGAGCUUUUCUCUCAGAAAAUGGUCCAGAAAGACUCCUGAAAUGGCCAGAUCGAUUAGCAGUUCUUAUAGGUGUGGCGAAAGCUGUACACUUUCUGCAUACAGGAGUGAUCCCUGCUUCUUCAAGUAAUCGUCUGAAGACAAACAACAUAUUGCUUGAUGAUUAUCAGAUUGCAAAGCUGAGUGACUAUGGAAUGUCGGUCAUCACUGGAGAGCUAGAACAGUUUGAGGCAAAGGGAGGAGAUGGACCCAAAUCAUGGCGUUUAAAGAAGUUGGCAGACGAUGUAUAUGAUUUUGGUUUCAUUUUGCUUGAAGCACUUGUGGGGCCUAUAGUAAGCGGGAAAGGGGAAGCAUUUUUGCUAAAUGAAAUGAAAUCUUUUGGAAGCCAAGAUGGAAGGCAGAGGAUUGUGGAUCCGAUGGUGUUAACAACAUGCUCUCAGGAGUCUUUAUCGAUUGUGAUAUCCAUCACAAACAAGUGUAUAUCACCAGAACCAACAAACAGGCCGUCAUUUGAGGAUGUGUUGUGGAACUUGCAGUAUGCAGCUCAAGUACAGUCAACGGCUGAUCUUGACCAGAAAUCAGAAGGUGCAUCACAGUGUUGAUUGUUUUCACCAGCAUCUGUGUUUUGUUGUAAAAUCAGAAACACGAUUUUGAUCAAGAAGAAGAAAUAGGAGACCCAAACUUGAAGUAUUUAUUUUA